AUGACCUGGUCCUCCGAAGCAACCCGCGCAAAGAAAGCCUCCCAGCUCGCCUCGAUCCCCCUCGAAUGGCGCAUCCCGCCCUCGAAGCUCCCCAGCGCCGACGUGAAAGACGUCUUCCCGUACCUCUCCUCCACGGGCAUCCUCACGCCCUCUCAACUCGAUAUCAUCCACACGCCCGUGCAAAGCCUGCUGAGCCAGUUGCGCUCCGGACAGAAGAAGGUGCUCGAGGUUACGGAGGCGUAUUGUAAGGCCGCGGCGGUGGCGCAGCAGCUGGUGGGGUGUUGCACGGAGAUGAUGUUUGGGCGGGCGAUGGAGCGUGCAAAGGAGCUGGACCGGGUGUUUGAGAAGAGCGGAGGGGAGGGGCUGGGCGCGUUGUUUGGGUUGCCGGUUAGUCUGAAGGACCAAUUUCAGGUGAAGGGUGUUGAGUGUAACAUGGGUAUUGCGAGCUGGAUCGGGCAGAUCUCGGAGAAGGAUUCGGUGCUGGUGACUAUACUCGAGAAACAGGGCGCGGUGAUCCAUUGCCGGACGAACGUCUCGCAGGGCUUGAUGUUCUCGGAGAGCGACAACUACGUCUACGGACGCACGGACAACCCAUUCAACCGGACGCUCACGCCCGGCGGAAGCUCAGGCGGCGAAGGCGCGCUCGUCGCGCUACACGGCAGGUUCGUCCAUCCCGUCAAACGCCUCCUCUUAAUCAUCCUCACCCUCCUCAAUCAUAACAGCCCUCUAGGCGUCGGGACCGACCUCGGCGGCAGCGUGCGCAUCCCCGCCGCCUACACCGGGCUCUUCGGCCUGCGCCCCACGCUGCACCGCUUCCCCUACGCCGGCGCGCGCAACACGCUGCUCGGGCUCGAAGGGAUCCAGAGCGCGCUCGGCCCCUUAUGUGCCGACAUCGGCGGCGUGAAGGCGUUCGCGAGGGCCGUGCUGGAGGGCGAGCCGUGGUUGUUGGAUCCGAAGACGCCGGAGAUUCCGUGGAGGGAGGGGAUGUGCGCGUUGGAGGGGAUGAAAGCGGAAGGGAGGAAGCCGGUGUGGGGCGUGAUGUGGUGGGAUGGGGUCGUGAGGCCGCAUCCGCCUAUGAGGCGCGCGUUGGAGAUGGCUGUUGAGGCGGUGAAGAAGGCCGGGUACGAGGUGAUCGAGUUUGAGCCGCUGGACGUUGAGAAGGCGGAGAAGCUGACGAUCGAUCUGUACGGGAGCGACGGGAGUGAGGACCUCAAGCGCACAUUCGCCAUCUCCGGCGAGCCGUACCACCCGAUGAUCAUCACGCCGCAAGACGCCGGCCCGAAGCUGUCGGUGUACGACUCGUGGCAGCUGAACGUCGCCAAGGACGACUACCGCGCGCGCUUCCUCGAGCACUGGAACGCCACGGCCGCGCGCACGAGCACGGGGCUGCCGAUCGACGGGCUGCUCUUGCCGCCGGGCGCGACGACCGCGCACGAGCACGGCAAGUGGCACCGCUGGAUCGCGUAUACUUCUUUGUACAACAUGCUCGAUCUGCCGGCGAUGGUUAUCCCGCUCGACGCCAGGGUCGAUCCGGCGCUGGAUCCGGUCGACAAGGACUUCCAGCCAGCCAACGCGCGCGACGCCGAGAUCCAGGCUUCCUAUUCGCCCGAGGUGUACGAGAACGCGCCGAUCGCGGUUCAGCUCGUCGGGAGGAGGUACCGCGAGGAGGAGGUCAUCGGCUUGACCGAGCUCAUCGUGGACGCGUUGGACAAGGCCAAGGGCGAGGGCAAGUGA